AGUAUAUAUAACUUAAAUAUGCAGGCGUGACAGUUUCAUCACUCAUAGAGCCUUUUGUGAUGCAUUGGCACAAGAAAGUGCAAGAAAUCCACCAAGUUUGAGUGGCAUUGGGAGUCAUUUAUAUGGAAGUAGCAACAACAAUAAUAUAAGUUUAGGCGGCCUCUCGAAAUUAAAUUCCCAAAUUUCAGAUCAUCAUGAAAUGCUUCAUUUCGGAGGUAGCAAUAACAACAACAACAACAACAACGGGGCCCACCACCACCAUCAUCAGAACCAGUUUGAUAACAAUAACAACAACAACCUCAUUGGCUCGUCAACUUUUCGUCCUUCAACUUCCUUUUUCCAACUUCCAGCUGAUCAAACAAGUCAUCAAGAUUACGGGGUGAUCAAUAAUAACAAAUCAUCAAUCCAUGGACUAAUGCAACUUCCCAAUCUCCACAACAACAACGCGAGUGUUGCUACUGGUUCUUCUAGCAUGUUUAACCUGAAUUUCUUCCAGAACAACAACAACAACAACAACAUCGUUGAUAAUGAUCAUAAUAACACUAUUUCUGGAGGUCUUGGUGGAUUAUUACUUCCUAGUCCUCAUCAAUUUAGCAACAACACUAGCGGUGAAGGUUCAAAUAAUUCAUCGAACAUUUUCUCAAGUGGCACCAUUCUGAACGAUCAUCAUCACCAUCAUCAUCAUCAUAUGAGUUCAUCGAUUCCUUCUCUUUAUGUCUCAUCAUCACCGGCCCCACCUAUGUCAGCCACCGCUCUCCUCCAAAAAGCGGCUCAGAUGGGUUCUACUACUAGUUGCAACAAUAGUAGUACUAGUGCUUCAUUGCUUAAAGCAUUUGGCUCUGUUGCUGGUGUUGGUGCUGAUGUUGGUGGUUCAUCGUCUAGCAUGACAAAAUCUGAUCUUCAUCCACCGCCAGCUGUCAAUUUUGGCGGCGUUUUCGGCCAUGAGGACCCUAUGGGAGCUGGAAAUCAUCUUCAUGACCUAGUUGUUAAUGCUUACGGUCAACAAGACCAGAAUCAAGACUAUGGAGGAGUGGUAGGAGGAUACAAUACCAACAACAACAAGAAGAUGAAUAGUUAUGAUCAACCACCACCACAAAAGAAGCAAAUGAUUAGUAAACCCUUCUCAAUGGACAUUGGGAUGAGUGAAGAAGCUAAUAGGUUGACAAGAGAUUUUCUUGGAGUUGGAGAAAUUGUGAGAACUAUGAGUGGUGGUGGUGGAGGAUUUAGUAGCAGCCAACAACAAAUGAGUUCAUUGGAUAAUAAUAAUAAUUUUGAGAGUAGAAAAAAUCAAAGUCAUCAUCAACAACAACCUUUUGGAGGUGGCACUUUUCAAUGAGUAAAUAGAAGACAUACAUCCACCAAAAAGUACAGGGAUCCAUGAAAAGGUUUUUAGCUGUAGAUUAAUGAAGAAGUUCUCUAGAAGAUUUUUGCUGGAAAUUAGAAAUACUUUUAUUUCUAGAGAUAAACCUUAAUUAGAAAAAAAAAAAAGAAAAAAAAGACAAACAAAACUUUGGGAGUUUUUAAAUAUUUUCUUUAGUUGUUGAAUUUCUUUUUUGUUUUUUUAUUUUGGUUGGAUAGGCCAAGAUACAAGUAUUAACUGCACAAAAUUAUUAGAACUUUAAACUUUGUUUAUCUGA